AGUCUUUUGGGUUCCCUUCGGACCUCUUCAACAAAAACGACCCGGGGACGGUUUGUGAGUUAAAGUCUGAGAACCACGUGUUUGUGCAACUCGGGGUAACGCCCUGCGCGGAAACCUACGGGAAUAGGAGAGACCAGGCAGUGGGUGCCACUCACUCCUCCUUCUGCACGGACUUGGGUCUCUCACGCAGUGAGUGGCGGGGGCGCGAGGCUGUGGCCAAGGUGCGGGACUAGGUCACAAGGACUGCCCUGCCAGCCCCGCCUCCCUCUUGGGACUCUGCCCCGCGCGGCGUUGCUGUGGCAGCGCCGGACGCAGCCCGAGUUGUGGCUGCUGCGGCCUCCACCUUGUCCUCCAAAGUCUUCUGCCUACCCGUGGCUUGGGCCCAGUCAGAGGCUCCCCAUGCUCCGGGGGACGCGCCGGAGCCGGGUGAGCGCCCUGGAGGGCGGCCUGGAGGAAGAGGCGCCCCCACAGGCGGCCGCUGAGCCCCCGGCGUAUUUAGAGUGUCCGUGGCAGACGGAGGCGGCGGCCGAGCAGACUCUGCUGCGGGGCAUCUUCGAGAUUGGGAGGGACAGCUGCGACGUGGUGCUGAGCGAGAGGACCCUGAGGUGGCGGCCCAUUCAGCCCGAGCGCCCAGCGGGUGAUUCCAAGUUCACAUUGCAAUGUAAGGAAGAAUUUAUUGAACUCCAAGAUGUGUUCUCUGUGAAGCUGAAACGGCGUUUCUCUGUCAGACAACAGAAAAGUGGUACUUUAUUAGGUAUUACACUUUUCAUCUGCUUGAAAAAGGAACAAAAUAAAUUAAAGAAUUCUACACUUGAUCUUAUUAAUUUAAGUGAAGAUUAUUGUGAUACGUGGUUUAGACAAUUCAAGAAAAUUUUGGCAGGUUUUUCAAACAGACCUAAGUCAUUAAAAAUACUCCUCAACCCCCAAAGUCACAAAAAAGAAGCUAUUCAGGUCUAUCAUGAGAAGGUUGAGCCUCUGUUGAAGCUUGCAGGAAUAAAGACUGAUGUAACAAUAACAGAAUAUGAAGGGCAUGCUGUGUCACUGCUUCAGGAAUGUGAGCUCCAGGGAUUCGAUGGUGUUGUUUGUGUUGGUGGAGAUGGAUCUGCAAGUGAGGUAGCCCAUGCUUUGCUUCUUAGAGCCCAGAAGAAUGCUGGAAUGGAAACAGAUGGAAUCCUGAGCCCUGUCAGAGCACAGCUUCCACUUGGCUUGAUACCAGCAGGAUCAACGAAUGUAUUGGCACAUUCUCUUCAUGGACUCCCUCACGUGGUAACUGCAACUUUGCACAUUAUAAUGGGACACCUUCAACAAGUUGAUGUCUGCACCUUUAAUACCAUGGGCAAACUUGUUCGUUUUGGGUUCUCAGCCAUGUUUGGCUUUGGUGGAAGAACUUUGGCCCUGGCGGAAAAGUAUCGAUGGAUGUCCCCCAGCCAACGGAGAGAUUUUGCUGUAAUUAAGGCACUGACAAAACUCAAGCCAGAGGACUGUGAAAUAUCAUUUUUGCCAUUUAACAACUCUUGGAAUAUACAAGAAAGGAGUGCACAGGGAUCUCCGGAUUCUGACUAUAAUGAACAAUGGCAAACGAUCCAGGGUCAGUUCUUGAAUGUCAGCAUUAUGGCAAUUCCCUGCCUAUGUUCAGUGGCACCCAGAGGCUUGGCACCUAACACCAGACUAAACAAUGGAAGUAUGGCUCUUAUAAUUGCACGAAACACUUCUCGUCCAGAAUUUAUAAAACAUUUGAAAAGAUACGCCAGUAUGCAAAAUCAGUUCAAUUUUCCAUUUGUUGAGACUUACACUGUUGAAGAAGUAAGAGUUCGUCCUAGGAAUAGAACCAGUGGAUACAACCCAGAGGAGGAGGAGGGGUCUCAUGAAACGGCUUCAGAAGAUGGCUUCCCCUGGAAUGUAGAUGGUGAUUUAAUGUGGGUUCCAUCCGAGGUCCAUGUGAGAUUGCAUCCAAGACUUAUCAGUCUUUAUGGAGGCACCAUGGAAGAGAUGAGUGAUUCUAAAGAAACAUGUCAUUGUUUAAAAUAGUAAUGUGCAAACCACAAUUUCAACAUGAAGGAAUAUGGUCAUGCUAUCAAUUGAUAUACUAGAAAAAAUCUCUUUAAAAGAAAAUUACCAUUUCUGAUGUUCCUAAAAAAUAGCCAAGGCUAUAAAAAAUCAAAUGGAAAACAUGAAAAAUACCAGUAACAAUUUAAACUCACGUUUUUCGAAGUAUUUACUGGGACUGAAAGGAGAUGUUUUAUAAGCUUAGGCAUCAUCAUGAUAUAUUGAUAUUUUGAUUCUUUCAUUUUCAGGAGUUGAGCUCCUCUAACAGAGCACAGGAAAUAGGACUGACCUGAUUUUAUUGAGGAGGCUUCAAAAUCAGUAGUGGCAUAAGGAGAACUCCUUUUCCAAAAUCUUUACAGUAUUGAGACUACUUACCAAGAAAUAACUCAGUUUUGUAAAGUGGCGAUGUUCAUAACAAAUUUUAUUUGGAACUAUGCAAAACAUUUUUCAAACUAGGCAAUAUUCAUCAGCUCAGUCAGUAGCUGUGUUUAUUUUCAAUGUAAAGUGGGGCUUCAAUUUUCAUCCAUGAUUUUAUACAUGCUCUUGAAAAAGCUAUGUGAGCUUACAUACUGUUAAAACAUUAAAUUAUCUAAAAGUAUUCAAAAGUUGAUAUCUGUUGGUAUAUAUUCUGAGGUCACUGAGUUUUGUGAUCUGUAUUUUCAUAAAUUACAAAACCUUAAUGGCCAAUCAUUGACAGGAACUUCACAGAAAAAUCUUAACCCUCUAUUUUGUCUGAUCACUUUUAACAGAUGUUCAAAAUUUGACCACAGCUUUCCUAGACAGAUGAAGUUAUAUUCUAUAAUUAGCAGUACCCCGAGUAUAUGAAAUAAAUAUUACAACA